CGAAAAGCGAAAACGAAGUGAAGAAAAGCGAAGAGAAGAAGGCAAAUUAAGGAGCUUGGAUUUAUUUUUCUCCACUCCGAUGCGCCGGAAUAGGUGAAAUCUUUAAAUUGACGGUGGUGCUCCAGUGCCGUGACUGUCGGCGCUUCACCCCGUACACCGGUAAGGCAGGAUGCUGCCCGCGACGGGACUGUUCCGGACCAUCAACUGCCCGUUCUACGAGAAAGACCUCUGCACCAGGCCCUACUGUCAUUUCAAGCACGCCAAAGCGGAAACACCAGUCGCUACCUACAGCGCUACACCGAAGGCUCUCCUCAAUCAAACGCGGUCCUGUGCAGACCAUGGCGACGACAAUGAUGCUACGAUACGGAAGAAGGCCAAGCUCGAGUACAUUCCCAUGCCUUCGAUUGCGCCGAAAUAUGUACCGUCGGCGUUGGCCAAGCAACCACAAACCGCUACCAAUGGAGGGAAAAGCGAUGAGGCCUCAGCGGACAAACAAUCGACCACCGUUCAUACGAAAGAGGUGAAAGAAACCGAAGUGGUUGUAGAGGCUCCCGCCCCGGUUGAAGAAAAGGCGCCUUCACAACCAUCAAUAGAUGAGAUUACGGAUCAUGACCGUAACGGAACGAAUGGUGUAGAAUCCAGUAAGUUGGAUUCGGUGAAGGAAAAAAAAUCACUGACGGAAGAGAGAAAAAAGGAUGGUUCGUCAAAGUCAUCUGCAAAGGACGAGAGCGAACGGAAGAAAGACUCUAGCCACCGACACAGUUCGAGCACACGCAAAUCAUCAUCUUCAUCUACCCAUCACAAAUCAUCUGAAUCGUCAAGCAGGGAGCAUUCGAACAAAGAACGUUCUGCAGCGAGCAAUAAUAGCAGCAAAAGCAGAAGCAGCAGUAGUAGUAGCAAAAGUUCACAUCGCGAUAAGGAUAGGGAAAGUUCGAGGAGCCAUUCUUCGAAGCAUUCCUCGGAUAAGGACCGUCACCAUGGGUCUUCAGAUAAAGAGCGUUCCCAUAGUAGAAGCUCCUCAUCGAAGAGCUCAAGUCACAGUAGCAGUAACCACAAAAGUAGCAGCAAAAGUAAAGAACACCAUAAAACAUCCUCAUCGUCGUCAUCAUCAUCGUCCUCGAAGAGAAGAUCUUCAUCGGCUACUGAGACUCCUGCUGCAGCAGAGGAACCAAAACCGGUGCACCCGUCGGAGGAUGAGAUCUACCAGGAGCUGGUCAACAACCCCCCGAGUGACAUCGAUAUGGAUAGCGAUGAUGAUGAUGAUGUGAUGCAGCAGUGCAAAAUGAUUUUUGAAGAAUAUCAACCUGACACACAACCGAACGAGGCAAAGGAUGCGGGCAAAAAUGGGCAUCUUGAUUUGGUGGACAUGUUUGCCGAAAAGCCGAACUACGACGACAAUAGAAAGAAACGUGUGGCGUACGAAAAGAGUGCAACCUCGUCGAAACUGCUGCCUGCGGUUGAGAAAAAAACCAAUCACAUCCAGAACGCCAUCAAGUCCGUUUACUUGCGCCAGGAAAUCGUCCGGAAGCAACAGGAAGAGUUGGCGGCUAGGAAGCGAGCUGAAGAAGAAAUGAAGCGACAGAUUGCGGAAGAAACCCGCAAAGCUAUGGCCAAACUGGCCACACCGCCGACGGUACCCGUCAACGGUACGCAACUGUCGCCAAUAAGCUCGAGCACUUUCUACAACAAAUCGCCCGAUGCCAACAUCAGCACUCCCAAAAGUCGAUUCACCCCUGCCGUCAAUGUACUCGCUUUUCAAAAGGCGAAAGAAAAGAUAGAGGAGUUGCGAAGAAGUCAAUCCGCUGCACGUACUCCUGCCCAGACUGCUUCGAAGGCGGGGACACGGGUGGCGCAUGCCGGAGCGGCCGUCGUUUCCACAAGUGCAAGUCCAGCUGCUCAAGCCCCACCAAUCUUAGAGCCAACGUCAAGCAAAAUCUCCUACAAUGUCCGUAUGCAGUAUUAUGGGCUGAUGGUAAAGCACUGUCUGAAUAUCUAUCCCAGCUGUGAAGACGCCUGGGAUCGAGCACAAACGGAGGAGCUGGCAGUGAUGAAAAAAUGUAGCACGGCAAUGAUCUACAAAAGCAGUGCUCUGCUCACGAUCAACAAGCUACGUAAGGAAGCGGUUGAGUCCGGCAGCGAGGCAGCAGAGAAGAACAAAACCGUAUCUCACGACGUUAUACUGGCGGGUAAAAUGGUGAACAAUAUCUCCUGGAGUGUGAACAAAAAGUUGAAAACGGAAGUUAAAACCUCGGCGUAUACCAUUGACAACGCACCGUCUACGGUCGCUUACAAGAUGAUCUACGAAUGCAUCCUCACCGAGGAGCAGCUCCGUUCAAACGGAUUCCCGCGACCAACCGACGUAGCGGGUAAGGCGAAGAUGUACACCGCCAAACCAUCGCGGCCUCCCAAUGAAAACGAACGCUACUGUUCCCGGUGCUCAAAGGUGUUCAAUGUUGAACUGUACGACGAGCCACAGGUGGAUGCUUGUAACUAUCAUCCAAAGAGCACUUGCUACCGGCGUGGUUUCGCCGACAAUCUGCACAACUGUUGCCAACAACCGUCCGGGACACCCGGUUGCAUGUACGCCAACUAUCACGUAUCGAGCUACAUGGAUUACGAUAACCUGACAGGAUUCGUGAAGACAAUCGAUACUCCAGAGGACUAUGAACCGUCGAAGCGCGAUGUGUUCGCGCUCGAUUGCGAGAUGUGCUACACGACCGGUGGGCUCGAGUUAACCCGUGUCACGGUCGUCGAUAUCAAUGAGAAGACUGUCUACGAUACACUCGUGAAACCGUUGAAUCGAAUUGUGGACUACAACACGCGAUUCUCCGGCAUCACGGAGGAGAUGCUGCAGAAGACGUCGACCACGCUGUGCAAUGUACAGGCCGUGUUAUUGUCAAUGUUCAACUCCGAAACGAUACUGAUCGGGCACAGCUUGGAGAGCGAUUUCAAAGCUCUGAAACUGAUACACGAUGUCGUCGUCGAUACAUCCGUGCUGUAUCCGCACAAGAUGGGACCACCGAAGAAGCGCGCACUCAAGACGCUCUGCAUCGAGAACCUGAAGAAAAUUAUUCAAGAAAAUGAUGCCGGCCACGACAGUGCGGAAGACUCGGUCGUCUGCAUACAGCUGAUCAAACACUACCUACGGAAUCGUAUCUUGUAGUUAGCGUAGUCCAAAUUGUAGAAACAAAUCAUUCAAAAUCCCUGUUAAUCAAAUGCCAGUAUCACCCCAUCGCCAGCGUCGUCACGUCACCCGACAAUAUCUGGACCUCACGCUCAUGUCACCUCAUAGUUAUUUAUUUGAAAACAGCUCUGUUAUACAUUAUGCUUAGCAACUGCGAAAAACUUAUAAAUGGACAUCCCACUGAAUGCCUUAUUUAAAGCGCGCCCAUCGAUGGGACUAUCGGAUCCAUCGGCAACCCAGCGCUAUCCCACUCAUCAGGAUGAAACAAUA